AUGGCGAACAAGUUCAGCAUCUCAUCAACUGUCAAGCUCAGGUCGGGCUACGAGCUUCCCGUCCUGGGGUUUGGUGUUUACAAGACUCCCGCAGACCAAGCCACUGAUUGCGUUCGACAAGCUCUGAAGAUUGGCUACCGACACAUUGACUCGGCCACGGCCUACCACAACCAGGGGCCGUCCGCUGAGGGCAUCAAAGCCGCCGGCGUACCCCGCGAGGACGUCUUCUUCACCACCAAGGUCCCCUCGGGCGACACGCCCCUCGGCUACGAGAACGUCAAGAAGCUCGUCGAUGCGGCCAUUGACGAGACCAAGCUCUCGUACCUGGACCUCGUCCUCAUCCACUGGCCCCAUUCAGCGGGCCCCGAAGGUCGCAAGGGCGCCUGGCGCGCGCUCGUCGACGCUGUCGAGGCCAAAAAGGUGCGCUCCAUCGGUGUCUCCAACUUUGGCGUGCACCAUCUCGACGAGCUCGAGAGCUACAUCAAGGAGCUCGAGACGGAGCGUGGGCCGGGCAAGGGAGGUGUCAUUUCCGUCGGCCAGUGGGAGCUGCACCCCUGGCUGACGCGCCCGGACAUUGUCAAGUGGUGCAACGAGAGGAGCAUCGCCAUCGAGGCCUACUGCCCCAUUGUGCGUGGACAGCGCCUCGACGACCCCAAGGUCCAGGAGCUGGCCAAGAAGCACGGCAAGACUCCUGCCCAGAUUUUGCUGCGCUGGAGCGUGCAGAGGGGCUAUGUUCCCCUCGUUAAGAGCGUGACACCCUCGCGGAUCGAAGAGAAUGCUGGCAUCUUUGACUUUGCGCUGACUGAUGAGGAGGUUGAGGAUCUGCGCACGGACGAGUACAGUGUUUGCUCGUGGGAUCCUACGAUCAAGAUCAUUCAGGGUCAAAGUGCUACUGUAGCUGUGGUGGGGGCACGUGACAUCGAGAUCACCACGCGACAGACUUGUGUCGUACGGAGUAGACGCCCCGCCAAACGACAUGGAGCCGUGAGACGCGACUUAGCACGCACCAAAUCAUCCGAUGACGGGCCCGAUCGCUUUGCGAUGCCCGUGCAAAACACGUUCACGCUCAUAACCGAGCGCAUCGCCAAGAACAAUGCCGCCGCCGAGACGUCGCGGCCCAUGACCUCGAAGCAGCUCAAGAAACAACACCAGAAAGCAAACCAAGGACCCAAGUUAUCCCGUAUCGAACAGCGCAAGCUGGAGCUCGCCGAGCAGGAGCGUAUACGCAAAGAGCUGGAAAAGGACCGACAACAGGCCCGUGCACGGAUCGCCCGAGACAAGAAGAAGGCCAAGGAGGAGGCGCAGAAGGAGGCUCGUCGUAAGAAGGGGAGGCCGCUCGUCGACGUCAGACCGAGUCAGGACACCAUUUCUAGAUUUGUGAGAGGAAACGGGAACGGCAAGAAAAGAGACGGGAGCGGUGCUGCCGUUGGUAGGAUAGCGGCGAUUGCAGAGGAGCCAGAGGACGGAGAGGCGCAGACAGCAGAGCGAUCGAGCAACUCGGAUAUGCCGAAAUCGUCAAAGAAAUCCACGCCACAGUCAGCAUCGGGAUUGACGGCGUCCAGGCUUGUAGAAGCUAGGCCAGAACCACUAGCACGAGACGUCAGCAACAACAGUGUGCGACCCCCAGAUCAGCCACUCGAGACCGAAGAUGAGAAAGGAGACGAAGAAUCCGAGCCUGCAGAUAGAACUGCGGGAUUGCCAUCUGAUGCCUCCCCUCAACCAUCGUCAAAACCACCAGCAAAGUGCGAGCACGCACCGGAGAUGCCGAUUCCGAACCCGUCGACUUUUACAAGCACGCAGUUUGAGGACGACCUGGGCGAUGAUGCACUCGAGGCUAUAGACGCCAUGCUCGAAGGUUGUUCAGGCCCUCAAACAGAGCAGAAAGGGUUGUUCAUGACACAAGCGCCUGUAGACGCCUCUGCGUCUGUUCCUCAACCUUUGGACACGGCGAAGCCGCAGGUCUCCGAGGUCAAGACAGCCGACACGAGCACAUCGCUCUCCUAUGCUGCGGACCUCGGGAUCCAGCGGCAGCCAUCACCGCCCCGGCCAGAUCCACCCAUGAGUACACAAGCUGUCUUGAUGAACUUUGACGACUACUUUCCUUCCCCGUCCCAGCAGGAGCGCGAGUUGGAGGACGACAGACUGCCCUUUGUCUCCCAGAAGACACCUUGUCCGCCGCCCAGACCACCACGACCACAGAUGCGCAAGGCUUCACCGCACCCGACGCAGGCCAUGGCACCACCGCCUUCACCGAAGCGUUUCUUCAGCACAUCUGGCUCGAACGAACUGCUUUCCCUGGCUGUGCAUCGCAGUCGCCGCGACAUUGCCCUGGAGAAUCUGCACGACCAAGACCGCCACAGGGUGCAGGCUGGCACGAAUCAACCCAACCGCCAGCUUCAGCGACAGGCGGAAUGGCCUGGCCGGUCCUCGGCGGCAGGAUCCAGGAAGCAGACAGCUCCCGGCUUCCGCCAUACUAUGAGAGCCCCAUUCAUGAAGCGGCCCGCGCAGGGGCGGCCACCUGCCUUCAAGCAGGCCAGAGCGCCGGCGGUUCGUGCGCCAGACGUCCGGCCUCCCCCCUUUAAACCGCCGGCUAAGCACCCCUCCACAGGGAAGGAGAAUGACUGUCCGCCGCCGCAGGACGAUGUGAUGAUUGCGUCGCAAGAGACGGAAUACGGAGGGGGUUGGAUAGAUGACAUUGCAUUGGAUAUACUGUGA